GCCCACAGCUCCGACCUGCGUGGAUGGCUGGCAACAGCUAACGGCCCUGGCUUUCUCCCAAAUCGGAGAGCCUCGCCUGUCACCGCGGGGAGAUCGCGAUGGCUUUUCCAUGAGCUCCAGGCUGGAGCCGGCCAGCUCUGGCAGCCUCUUCCCCAGCCUUUCAGCAGCAGCCCACUCCUGUUUACUGAUCUACCUGCUGCCCCCCCGGUUUCUCCUGUGGCCUCGUGGGUCAUUUAUUAUUGUUGUUAUUACCAGGUCCUGCCCCUACACUGGUCGCAAGUUCUCAGCCAGUCAGAGCCAGACCACCAUCUUCCAGAAGAGGAACCUGAGGUCCAGAGAAGGCCAGAGACUGCUGUGAUGCCCACACAGCAUUCAGGCUCGCUCUGGCUUCGAGACCAGCUCCCCCAACUAUAAAAAUGGGAAUGUUGGCCCACUGGACUCCAAAGGCACAAAACGCUAUGGGGAAGGGAGAGGACAUUGGCCUCUGACUGAGGAAGGGCAAGCCUCUGGUCCUUCCAGUCUCCGACAGGAAGAUGGCAGGACAGCCUCUGGCUGAAAACCCCUGCCAGGAUCCAGCAGAUGUCUGGUUGGGAGAAAGGAGCUGAGCCUGCAGUAGAACGCGGUGUCGGAACGCUCUGGCUGCGCUCACUCCAGCCCUGAGCGUGGCGCUCACGGCUCCCCGUUCUGGCGGCGGGGCCUCUGCUGCACCCUGGCGGCCGGAGCGCGCGGCGCCCACCUAGCGCUGGCACGGCCGCCCAGGAGCAAAACCCGCCUGGGACGCGAAGGGGUUUACGCUGGGCCAGUUCGCAGAGCUGGUGAGAAGGUGCGCAGAGCCCGGACGCGGUGCCUGGCACCAGGCAAGCACAUGCCAUCACGCUGCCCAGUGUCGUUAUUCUCUGGGAAAUUGCGUCCCAAAGAAAGUGAGUGUGGGCGCGUGUGAGAGCUGCGGUGGCAGAGGAGGCAGGGGGGUUCCUUGCCCCAGGUCAGAGGCACAGCCGGGACUGCGUCCCCGACGCCCUUGCGGCCGCCGAGCCCCGCGUAGCGGAGAAGCGCAGGGUCCGCGCGCCCGUAGCCGCAGGCAGACCCUGGACCGUUUCCUUCCUGAGCCCCGCGGGCGGGAACGGGCGGCGGCCCGCGGAGGUGGAGGGAGGGCGCGGCGGGGCCCGCGGGCGUGCGCACCGUGACGCGCAGAGGCUGGGCGGGCGCGGGGCGGGGCGGCCACGCGGGCUGCAUAUAAGGGCAGUCGCUGGGCGCUGAGAGGCAGAGGUUUCGUCCGGGAGCUAGAGCCCAGGCGCAGCCCCAGCCCGAGCCCGAGCCGCGCCGCCCGGCCGCUCUGCCGGCCCCGCCGCUCUGCCCCGUUCCCCCAGCCACAGUCGGCUCGUCUCGCGGCCCCGCGCCCGCCUCCGCGGUCCCUCUGCUCAAUGAAAUUGGCCGCGAUGAUCAAGAAGAUGUGCCAGAGCGACUCGGAGCUGAGUAUCCCGGCCAAGAACUGCUACCGCAUGGUGGUCCUCGGCUCGUCCAAUGUGGGCAAGACGGCCAUCGUGUCGCGCUUCCUCACGGGCCGCUUCGAGGACGCCUACACGCCCACCAUCGAGGACUUCCACCGCAAGUUCUACUGCAUCCGCGGCGAGAUCUACCAGCUCGACAUCCUCGACACGUCCGGCAACCACCCCUUCCCCGCCAUGCGGCGCCUCUCCAUCCUCACUGGAGACGUGUUCAUCCUGGUGUUCAGCCUGGACAACCGCGACUCCUUCGAGGAGGUGCAGAGGCUCAAGCGGCAGAUCCUCGACACCAAGUCUUGCCUCAAGAACAAAACCAAGGAGAACGUGGACGUGCCCCUGAUCAUCUGUGGCAACAAAGGGGACCGGGACUUCUACCGCGAGGUGGAGCAGCGCGAGAUCGAGCAGCUGGUGGGCGCCGAACCCCAGCGCUGCGCCUACUUCGAGAUCUCGGCCAAGAGGAACAGCCGCCUGGACCAGAUGUUCCACGCUCUCUUCGCCAUGGCCAACCUGCCAUGCGAGAUGAGCCCGGACCUGCACCGCCGGGUAUCGGCGCAGCACUGCGAGGCGCUGCACAAGAAGGCGCUGCGGGGCAAGAGGCUGCGGCGAGCGGGCGGCGACCAGGACGACGCCUUCGGCAUCUUGGCGCCCUGGGCGCGCAGGCCGAGCGUGCACAGCGAUCUCAUGUACAUCCGCGAGAAGGCCAGCGGCGGCGGCCAGACCAAGGACAAGGAACGCUGCGUUAUCAGCUAGGAACUGCCACCCCGCGCGGACGCAGAACCUCAGGAGGCCCUCUCGUCCAAGAGCCAAGCGUCCGGGCUGUGCGUCCCGAGCCGCGCG